UAAUAAUACCUCAUUACCAUUUUCUUAGAUAAACUUAGUUAAAAUUGCAUGAAAGCUGAGUAAUUUCAAAUGAAUUAAAUAGACUUGCCCAGAGGGAUACUGGAAACAAUAUAUGGGUUCUUUUUUUAAAGGAAGAUAAAAAAUCCUUUCAAAAUACACGGGUUGUGAAAAUUAACCUUAUUUAGUUGGUUAACACAGCUAUUUAUAGUUAACAGUCACAAGUGUAUAAAGUUGUAGCAGUUACUUUGUGUUUAGUAAGUCUUAUGGGGAUGAAUCUUGAUUUCACAUUUUGAGAGUUGUUUUGGAGAAAAGUAGAGUAUGUUUGCUGUGCUUGGGGAAGUGAAGAGAAUACCUUGUAAUGGUUAAGCUGGACUUCACUGCCCAAGGUAGGGAAUUUGCAGAUUUACAGGGAGUUCCUUCCUUUGGCUCUGUCAGUCUUUUAGAGAAGAGAUUCUCAAACUUUAGCAUGCAUUAUAAUCACUAAGAGGGCUAUGUUGAGAGAGAUUUCUGAGCCCUGUUCUCAGAGUUUCUGAUUUAGAAGGUUUGGGGUAAAGCUUUCACAAAUCCCUAGGUGAUUCUUUUUCUGGUCUGAGCACCACGUUUUGAGAAUCACUAUCUUAGGGAAUGUAUUCAUGUCCUAGUUUGGAAUGGAGCUGAUGAAAUCUCACUCUACAGAUUUGGCUGACCAGGUUUAAUUGGCCUAUAGCCAACAGGAAGGAUGGCAGUUGUUUCAGAUGGUCCUGUUUUACAAGUCAACAGCAAAGCAUUUAAAAGCAGCAACCUUGGACUUAAAAAAUGCACAACGUGAGAGUUGCGAAUUAAGUUUUAUUUGGGGCAAAAUUAGGACUGCGCCCUGGGAGACAGCAUCCCAGAUAGCUCUGAGAAACUGUUCCAAAGAGGCAGGGGGGAAGCUCAAUAGAUAUGUGGUUUUGGUGAAAGGGGAAAACAUGAAAUCAACACAUAUUGUUUACAGAAGGUUACUGCUAGUCGCAAGGAGCAGUCGUUACCACGAAGGAUUUUAGUGUCUUUCUAGAUAUGAGGCAAUACAAGAAUUGGGUCCAUAAAGCUGGCUUAUCUCACGACCUGUUCUGCCAGUUUUUCCCAGAGCACAGAGUGCCUCAUUUCAGCCCUCCACCCUGCACACCUUUCAGGGGCCGUUGACAGUCAGCAGCUGCAGCAGCACCUGAUUUAAUCUUUGUAGAGGUGGAUGUGCCAAUGGCAAAUGCCAGUUGUAGUUGACACAACUCAGAUUUGCUCAAAUGUGUGUGGCACAGAAACAAGGUUGUAGUAUGUAGAGACUGUAGUGUAAGUGAAGAGUGUUUGGACCUUGGAGCUAUGUGGGUUUUAUUUUACAUUAUGACUCUAGUUCAUAAAAAGAUUUAUCAACUUUUUAAUAUCUUUAGGUUUCAGUUUCCACAAAUGUAAAAAUGGAAAGAAUAAUACCAUGGGCGAGUUACUUAACAAUUCAUAACUUUUGGUUGUACUUUAAAAAUGGGGUAGUAGUAAAGCCUAAUUCACAAUGAUACUCAAAGAAUUAGAUGAAAUUAUGAAUGCAAGUGUUUAGUAUGUAAUUGCUUUUCAAAUGUUGGUGUCUUCUCUUUUGGAAAUUUGUCCAAUUGUGUGACUUGCCUUUUCCAUAAGAAAGCUGCUAGUAUCGGACUUGACACACAAGGCGUUGCAAUAAAUGUUAACAGAUAAGUCUAUUUAGAAGGAAACAAAAUUAGUUUUACACGCGGCAGGAGAAUUGCUGAUCGGUGAUUUAAACAGGUAUAGAUUUUGUACUACUUGAAAUUCUAACAGCAUUUGAAUUAUUAAUGAACCAAAAAAUUGUGGAAACUUUUAAUGUAUUAAUUUAAAUUAGUUUUAUAAAAAUUAUGAAUAAUUGGAGAGACAUGUUCAAGGGAGGAAUUGAUUGUUCACCCGAGGAUGGUAUGAAGAUAUUGGGAAACCUUUAAGUCCAAAAACAAAGAAAAAGCCAAAGAUAAACUUCGCCUAUCCCAGAUUUUGCUUAGGCCAGCGUUUUGUUAGAACAAAAAUAGUUUAUAUAAAAAAGAAUUCCUUGAUAAGUAGACCUAUCUAAAAAAUAGAAAACUUAAAAAAAACUUUUAUUUUUAAUUGUUAUAAAACACAUAACAUAAACUUUACCAUUUUAACCACUUUUAAGUGUAGGGUUUAGUGGCAUUGUUGUACAACUAUCACUGCCAUCCAUUUCCGGAAUCUUUCCAUCUUCUCAAACUGAAAGUCUAUGUCCGUUAGACAAUGACUCUCUAUUCCCUCUUCCCCUAGCCACUGACCACCACCAUUCUGCUUUCCUUCUCUGAAUUUCGCUACUCUAAGUAUCUCAUAUAAAUGGAAUCAUAUAAUAUUUGUCCUUUUGUGAUUGGCUUAUUUCACUUAGCUUGAGGUGUAUAAGGUUUAUCCAUGUUGUGUGUAUUAGAAUUUCUUUGCUUUUUAAGGCUGAAUAAUAUGCUGUUGUACUUAUAUACACAUCUUGUUAUUUUGUUUAUCCAUGCAUCUGCCAGUGGACACAGUUGAUUCCAUCUUUUGGUUACUGUGAAUAAUGUGGCUAUGAACAUGGCUGUAAAAAUAUUGUAAAAAUAAGUUCCUGUUUUCAGUUCUUUUUGGUAUAUACCCAAAAAUGGAAUUGCUGAAUCAUAAGGUAAUUCUGUGCUUAAUUUUUUGAGACAGUGCUAUAACAGUUUUCUUACACGCUUUUGUAAAGAAGGAAUUGUAUGAAAAAUUUAAGCGUCCAGUGACGUUUUCAUUUUACGUAUUGGCAUUUCUCAACUCUAGAAGUUUUAUUUGGUUCUUUCUUAGGUCUUCAAUUUCUUAUUAUGUUCAUGUUUUCCUAUAAUCUUUGGGCCUAUUUUUAAUGGGUCUUUAAAAAUAUUUGCCUGCUAAUUUUAUCUGUCAUUUCUGGGUCUGUUUUUAUUGACUGACUUUUAUUUGGUUCAUGGGUCAUAUUUCCCUGCUUCUUUGGAUGUCCAGUAAUAUUUUUUGGAGGGCAAACGUGUUAUCUUGUUGAGUAGAUUUUGUUAUCUUGUUUUAGAGAGUUUUGAACUUUGCUCUAGCAGGUAGGAAGUAAUUUGCAGAUCCAUUUGAGGUUUCAUCUUGAAUUUUAUUAGUGAAGGUCUGGAGUAGGCUUUACACUAGUGCUGUCAUAUGGCUCUACUAUGUAUUUAAAGAGCCUUAUCCACACUGGACUUGAUAGAGAUGAAAAAUGCUAGAAUUCGAGCUGACGUUUUAAUGGGAUGAGUCUUUGGGGCACUGGGAAAAAAUGAGUAUAUUUUGAAUGGAGGUGGGACAUAAAGUGUUAGAGCCAGAAGAUAGUUUCUCAGCAUCCGAGAAGACUCAGUGGCCAGUGUGACCAAUGGAACAUGACAGAAGUGAUGGUGUGUGACAUCUAAGCCUAAGUCAUAAAAGUAUACGUUUGAAGCACCUACCAUGAAGCAAGUGAAGUUUUAUUUACUGGUUUGCUGGCCUGGAAAUCCCAGUCUAUGGGGUGUACAAACUUAAAAAGGAUUGUUUUUGUUUCAGCCUUUACCCUACGAAAAGAAAACCUGGAAAUGUUUGAAGCAGUUGGUUUUUUAGCUAUCAAACUUGGCGUGAUUCCUUCGGAUUUUAGUUAUGCAGGACUUAAAGACAAGAAAGCCAUCACUUAUCAAACAAUGGUUGUUAGAAAAGUGACACCAGAGAGGUUGAAAAAUAUUGAAAAAGAAAUUGAAAAGAAAAGAAUGAAUGUGUUUAAUAUUCGGUCUGUAGAUGAUUCCCUUAGACUUGGUCAGCUCAAAGGAAAUCACUUUGAUAUUGUCAUCAGAAAUUUAAAAAAUCAAAUAAAUGAUUCUGCAAACCUGAGAGAGAGAAUUCUGGAGGCAGUAGAAAAUGUUAAGAAUAAAGGAUUUGUGAAUUACUAUGGGCCACAGAGAUUUGGGAUGGGAAGGAAAGUUCACACAGACCAAAUUGGAUUGGCUUUGCUGAAGAGUGAAAUGGUGAAAGCUGUAAAAUUAUUUCUUACCCCAGAAGAUUUGGAUGAUCCCGUAAACAGAGCAAAGAAAUACUUUCUUCAAACUGAGGAUGCUAAAGGCACACUUUCACUGAUGCCUGAAUUCAAAGUUCGGGAGAGAGCACUGUUGGAGUCCUUGCAUCGCUUUGGCAUGACAGAGGAGGGCUGUAUCCAGGCGUGGUUCUCUUUCCCCCAUUCCAUGCGCAUAUUCUACGUUCAUGCAUAUAGCAGCAAAAUCUGGAAUGAGGCAGUAUCUUACAGACUUGUAACCUAUGGAUCAGAAGUCGUGGAGGGUGAUUUGGUGUGUUUGGAUGAAGAUAUUGACGAUGAGCACUUACCAAGUAGUAAAGUUCAUCUAGUAACUGAAGAAGAGGAAUCAGCUAAUACAUAUGCAAUACGUCAGGUGGUUCUUCCAGUGCUUGGAUAUAAUAUUCAGUAUCCAAAGAACAAAGUAGGGAAGUGGUACCAGGAAGUACUCAACCGAGAUGGGCUACAGACAUGUAGAUUUAAAAUACCUACUCUGAAAUUGAAUAUUCCAGGAUGCUAUAGAAAGAUUUUGAAACAUCCCUGUAAUCUCUCAUACCAACUGAUAGAAGACCAUGAUAUUGAUGUCAUGAAGGAAGGUUCCUACAUCGAUGAAGCAACUUUAUCUCUUUUGAUCUCUUUUGAUCUUGACGCUUCGUGUUAUGCUACAGUUUGUCUGAGGGAAAUAAUGAAGCAUGACUUUUAAAACUGAUGCCCUUAACACAGUCGUGUAUGUGCCACUUUUUAAAGGAAAGGGAGCUAAAAUUUCUUGAGCGUCUGCCAUAUGCUAGGAGCUUCAUAAUUGCUAUCUCCUUUAAUUACACAACAUCCUGAUGGUAGGAAUUCGAUACAAACAUUCCAGAGGACCUAUAGCUAGUAAGUGGCAGCAUCUGAAUUUAAGACUCCAAAGCCUUUGUUCUUUUUAUUAUCUAAUGUCUCGGUGACCUUUAGUCUGUGCUAUAAAAGUUAUAAAAGUUUCUGGACUAUUAGGAGCAUAUAAUACUGCAAGAUAACAUUAAAGAAAAACAUUUUUGGAGUAAUGUGUAUAUCCUCAAGCUCCUUGCUUAAAAUGUAGGUGAAACUAGGUUGUAAUGAAAACUUAUGGUUGGAAAGAUAGAAGAAGCAUUUUGUUAAUUAUUGCCAUGCUUUCCUGUUUUUAAAGUUAUUGAUCAGAACAGUACAUCAGGAAAAUAUAAUCUCUGUAUUUAUGGUAGCUACCCCAGGGUAGUUUACCCCUUUAUGAAAUAAAUAAUCUUUGAUGAAGAUUGAAAUAAAAUUUGUCAUGCGGUUUCUUUAUCUUGACAUAUACCGACCCUCCACUUUUUUGUUAUUUUUGUUCCAUCAUUUAAAUCAUAAAUGUUUAGAGUCAGAUCUGGGUUCAGACACCAGCUCUGACACUUACUAGUGACUGGGU